AUGCAGGAAGAGAAGAAAACAUUUUCAAGCUAUUCACUUGACAGCUCGCUUGUUGAAGAACUUACUAAAAGAGGAAUUAUUCACCCCACUGAAAUACAAAAGCUUACGCUUAGCAACCUUGAAAAUCGGCAAAGUCUUUUGGCUAUAUCUAAUACAGGAACUGGUAAGACUCUGGCUUAUUCAUUGCCCAUACUGCACUCACUGCUCAAUGAUGACAGGUACUUUUAUGCAAUGAUAAUUCUUCCUACAAGAGAACUGUCUCAGCAGGUGCAUGCUGUUUUAUCUGAUAUUGGUGCUGAAAUAGGCCUACGGACUACCUUGCUUAUAGGUGCAGUAGAUCUACUUGUUCAAGGGAAAAGUCUGGCUGCACGGCCUCAUAUUAUUAUUGGCACACCCGGAAGAAUUUACCACCACUUACGUAACACCAAAGGAAUAACUCUGUCUUCUUUCAAAUACUUAGUAUUGGAUGAGUGUGACAGGCUCUUAGACAAUGACUUUGAUGGCGAUAUAAAUGGAAUAUUAGAGCUAAUCUCUCCGAAAUAUAUAUUUUUAUUUAGCGCCACACUUACAAAGCGUGUAAAUGCAUUUAAAAACAAAAGAAUGAACAAUCCAUUAUUAUACAACGUACAAAAGGAUGAGGGAAUCCCUGAGAACAUAUCCCAGCAAUAUGUAUACCUCCCACAGAAAUACAAAGAAGUCUAUUUAUACAGCAUUAUUCGGUCUCUAGGCUCUAGAAAGUGCAUUGUAUUUGUUAAAACAUGCAUUACAGCAGAAAAAAUAGAGCGAAUGCUUCGGUCCUUAGAUGAAUCUGUGUGCAGCAUACAUGGAAACAAAUCUCAAGAAGUUCGAACAGAAACUAUUGAAAUGUUCAGAAGAGGAAGAUAUUCUGUACUUAUAUCAACAGAUGUAGUAGCAAGAGGCAUGGAUAUGGAAGGCAUAAAAAUAAUUAUAAACUACGACAUGCCAGAUGGCCACAAAGAGUAUAUACACCGUAUAGGCCGAACAGGCCGUGCAGGUGAAACAGGCAGUUCGAUCACUCUUGUAACACAGUAUGAUGUAGAAGAGUUCCGUAAGCUAGAAGUUAAGCUGGAUCUAAAAAUGGACGAGUAUUCCAUAUCAAGCGAUUUAAUAUAUAGUUUAUCAGACAGUGUAGAUCAUGCCAAGAAAGAAGCAGCAGUGGAUAUGAAAGAAGAAGGAAUUGGUAAGAAAAUUAAAGAAGUAAAAAAAGGCAGGCAAGGUUUAAGAACAUCUAAUAAAAAAGAGAAUAGAAAGAAUAGAAAAUAAGCAUACCCCGAUAUAACCCUAAAUAAUAAAUCUG